AUGCCUGCCUCUACUACCUCCUCCCAGCCAAUGCCACUUGCCCCAAUCAACACCACUGGGCUCAGGACACGUUCAGAUUCAAACGGCAUGGGGUCUCCCACAUCCCUCAUGUCUAACUUCUCCUCUGGCUCUCCUCUCACAACGGUCUUCACGGAAAGCUCCCAGAUCUCCGGCGAAGAGCCCUCCUCAAUAGCCGCCUCAAUCGCUCCCCUCCUCACCUCGAGCGAAGCGCCAAAGACUACCCGCCCUCACACUCUCCACCACACCCAGACAACCGAGUCCCGCAGAAGCACCGAGUCUGUCGACUCUCAGGCAAGAUCCCUAAGGUUCAACGACUUCAGCCGUGGACGUCACAGCAACUUGUGGCUCUUCCGCGGUUUGUCGGUGAGAGGAACAUUGAGGAAGAUCGUUUCGAAGAAUUAA